AUGGCGGCGGACGCGGCAUCGGCGGCGGUGAAGAAGCUCACGCUCAAGAGCUCCGACGGCGAGGACUUCGAGGUGGAGGUGGCGGUGGCGAUGGCGUCGCAGACCAUCAAGCACAUGGUGGAGGACGGCUGCGCCGACAACAUCAUCCCGCUCCCCAACGUCACCGCCAAGAUCCUCUCCAAGGUCAUUGAGUACUGCACGCAGCACGCCCCGAAGGCAGAUGACGCCGCCGCCGCCGACUCCGCCACCGCCGUCAAGCCCGACGAGGAGAAGCUCAAGGCCUACGACGUCGAGUUCGUCAAGGUCGAGCAGGCGACUCUCUUCGACCUCAUCCUGGCUGCGAACUACCUGGACAUUAAGGGGCUCCUGGACCUGACCUGCCAGACCGUCGCCGACAUGAUCAAGGGCAAGACUCCGGAGGAGAUCCGCAAGACCUUCAACAUCACCAACGACUUCACCCCGGAGGAGGAGGAGGAAGUGCGGAGGGAGAACCAGUGGGCCUUUGAGUGA